AGGGAGUUCUAGCGUUUAUAAUAUCGACCAGCCUAGCAACAAUACAGUUUAUAGUUUCAUAUCGGUCUACAGCGCAAUGCCUCGACUUACCGGCGAAAAUCUAUUCGAGAGAUAUAUACUCGCCACAGUUGCUACCAUAAUAACAGUCGUUUUAUCGUGGAGAUUAUUAUAUUCUUGGAAGGAUGGUUCCAGAAAGAAACAACAGUUAACAGCUGCUAGCAAAGAAAAUCAAGGCGUUCCUGUGGGUUGUGCUAUAUCGGUUAAUAAUAACACAUGCGAGGAUGAUAUUUCUUUAAGUGGAGAGGAGUGUAGCGAUAAUGUUAAUUCCGAGUAUGAUAAUACGAUUAUACAACGUCACCACGUGAGGACAGAUCAAGUCAAUGAGAGUCACAUUGAACCAGCUGGAGUCGUGUGUGGUGUUGACGUAUCACCUUGUACAGUGGAGACGAUCGAUAAUAGUCCAGAUGUAGCUCGGGUUUCUGAUGGAAACUAUAAUAGAAGGAGCACUAAUGGAAAAUAUGUUUGUUGCAGUGAACCCAAUGUUAGUUUAUUGAUUAGUGAAGGGAGUAAUAUUAAUCCUAUACAACAAUGCAAUAGCAAUAUACAACAGCGAGAAGUCGACACGAAAUCAAGAGACAAUUAUUCUACAAAAGUCACGUCAUCGGAACAGGGAUAUGUGACAAGUGCCAUCAAAUCGGUAGAUGGCGUUACGAAUAUCGUAUUACCAGAUGAAUAUAUCACCAGGGGUAAUGAUAAUGUUUCACUUAGCAAUGAUCACCAAGAUACAUUUUCAUCACGUAAAUGUCAGACUGUCCUGUAUCCGCAAUACACGAUAGAACACACGACCAAUAAAAGAUGUCAGGCCGGUUGUAAAAAACAAGUAUUGAAUUCUAAAAUGGAAGUUAUACGACGUGGAGAUCAAGGGUCGUGCGAUAACAAUGGUCCCAAAGAUAUAUUGACAGGAGGUCACCUUGAUCUCCGAACCGAGGCCUCAGAUCGCAUAAUAGCAUUUCUGUCUGACAGCGAUGGAGACGAAUCUAGAUCUAGUUCUGAUGUAUCGGACGCUGAAACUAUUAUUGAAAUUAAACCUAAUGAAAAAAGCGACGUUGUAAGUGAAUGUGAUACAGCUGACGCUGAGGAUCGUUCCGAUCAAAACUGCGACGACCUUGAAAUUGUACAAGAAAUGGAUGAAUUAAGCAACGAGGGAGAGAAUUGUUCGGAUAUUUAUGCUGACGCACCUCUCUCGAAUAUCGCAGAAGCAGACCAAGCAUUGACGAAGUUUGUAUUCGUGCAACAAUCUCAUACUCGAACUCUUUUAUGUGAGCAAUUAACAGUGACGUCAGUCAACCAUGAAGCUCCAUCUAUAGAAUAUGAGCCAGAAACUGGAAACGAUGUUGAUGAUACGAGGGGUAACCAAAAUGUUGUUGAUUUGAAACCUGAAACAAAUGACGCAGUGGAUAAUGCCGUUUCUGGAUCGAUAAUUACGUCAAAGGAUGAUGACAGGCAUCUCCUGGGGUUGAGUUUCAAACCGCCCAACACGUAUGAUGCACGCAAUGAGACAGAAACUACCAGAAGUGACAUUGCAUCUUCGUGUAGCAUCAAAUUAAAUAACGAUGUCGAUGUUCAUAAUGAAUGCAUUGCUGCAGAUACCGAAAAUAUUCAACAAAAUGAAAGUGUCGCCCCAAGUGAUGAUCUUUCUGAAAGUAAUUCCAAUUUUAUUUCCAAGAUGUCAUUAGAUGCAGUUCGUGAAACUUCCCCUAUCAAAACCGAAAACGCUGUCAUAAAUAGUAGUAUAGAUGUCGUGAACAAUGAUAGUAAAAUGCCAGUCACACGUUCUAUUGAAAACAUAAACAGUUCUAUUUCAGAGGAAACUGAAGUGGCAAACAAACAAGAGAAUCAAAACAAUCCGACAAAAGGAACCGUUAAACAAGCAAAUUCUCCCUGCCAUAAUACUUUUAUAAAUAUACACAACAAUGCCGAACCAAUACUGCAAGCGAACAUUUCAAAUAAGAAGUCAAGUCAACCCUUGAAGAGUGACUUAAACGGGAAACCGUCGAUUACUGAUGAUUAUAUCGAGGGGAAACAAUCGAGCUUUCCUAUAAAUUCAUGUUCACCAACUAGCGAACAAGCAGGAUACGAUACAGUAUUGUUAAAAGAAAUUUCAAGUGGUAGUUCUUGUUCAAAUAAUGAGAACUCUAAUAAAACUGAUAAUCGCAUUGAAGAAGUGGCUAUAAGAUUACAAUGUAAUGUCACGAGUGCAAAUACGUCUCACCUUAACCACAGUACUAAGGAAUAUCACAAAACUCGAGAGCUGUACACUCAAAAAGGGACGCUAUCUGAAUCACCAACAAUUGAACCAGAUAUAGAAUCUGAAAGUAACGCGAAGAAUGACGAAAAAGAAAACAUUUUCGCCAAGGACAAUUCGUGUAAGACAGCACACUUGAACGCGAAUAUUUCUGAAAUGAUCUUAGACAAAAGCAAAUCGAAUAAUGUUAAAGAUAAGACGAUUGAUCAAAACACGACCGAAGUCCAGCCACGUAAUAAAAUGCAAACUCAAUACAAAUCCCUUAAUGAGGAAAAUAAAUACGAGGACAAACAUUUAUAUUUGGAAAGCGAUGGAAAGUCAACCAUGGGACAUAAUCAGCCUGGAAACUAUCAUAAUUCCAAUGUGAAUAAUACGACUAAUAUAAGGACUUUAGAUAGAAAAGUGGACACAUCCAAAAACGCAAGACCUCAGUCACUGGAAUAUAGUCCGGGAAAGGCGAUAUCACUUGACAAUUUAGCAAAGACCCACAGCCGAGCAGGGAUUACACCCUCCUCCCCAAGCGUAGCUCCUAAGGGAUUUUUCUACGAUAGAAGAUCGUGUACUUCCUUACUUGAGACUGAUCUUGACACGAUGGUUACAACUGCUGUUCCACUGGUCACCAAAACAGAUAUGGAUGAUAUACUUUCAGCGCCACCUAUGCGUGCUUCAAGCAUGGUCAAUUUACGCAGCACAAGAUCAGAUACAAAGCCCAACAGGCCAAGCUCAGUACUAAGCAUGCCUUAUCGUUCAAAUGAUGCAGUUGAUUCAUUCCAGCCUAAUAUGGCAUCUCCAUCGUCAGAUAGCAGUCAGAGAAUCAACCAAUCUCUCGAGAAAUUAAACAUACCUGAUUGGUUGAGGUAUUCCAAUGUGAAACAUUAUGCAUCUACUGGAUUUAUACUUGGUACUGACAGGAAGGACGCUGGUCUUAGCUCCGGGAGAAGUACCCCAACUAUACCCAAUGAGCCGACCCCUAGUGGACCUAGACCUGUAAUCAUUCAACGUAGUGCCUCUUCAGUAAGUCGCUCGAACUAUAUGAGACCCCCUGUAAAGUACGCUAGCCUUACGCCCUCAAAAUUCGAACUCCCUAGUGCAAAACUGAGGAGAAGUACCCCCAAAGAGCUACUCCCGAUUAAAAUGAAGCCUUUUAAAGCCAUUGUUACGAAAGCCCCAAAUAUACAAGCUAAGACCAGUGAACCGUACGAAUCCGAGCCGCCUAGUGAACCACAGGAAACGGGUUCAUUUGGUAGAAUGGUUAGAUCACGACCUAUCAUGGGACUCUCUCAGUAUACAUUGAAAGAGGUUGAUGAGAAAGAUGGCAGCACUGCGCCCAAGCCUGUCAUUAGAGACAAUGAAGAAAUCCCUGUCAUACCUAAGUAUUCAAAGAACAGAAAUGAAUUUAAAGAUGGCAAUACUGUACAUAACCCAGUUAUCAUACCAAAAGGAAACGGAACUGUUUCUCCAAAUAGGGUCGAAAGUCGACAACCCAAUGACAGUACAACCGAUCCGAUAAUACAUGUAAAGAAUAGUAGGCAAUCUACUGGAUCAAACGAGAAUACAGUCCAGAAGUCAUCGGUCCAGUUGAAUUUGAAUGGAAAUAGGAGUUUAAACAAUACACCUCCAUCUCCCAGACUGUCUGUGAGAAAGGUACAGCAGUCUCCUCAAGAACAAAGUCCAAGAAAGGAGCAUUUCAAUGCCGUCCCACAAAUUCUUAUAAAUGACAAAAAUCAUACGAUUUCAAGCACCCUAAAUCAUGAUCGCCAAGAAAGAAAAACUAAAAAGAUGAAUAGUUCGUCUGAUGCGACAUCUGACUUAGAUCCAUCUAAAUCCUCCAUCCAGUCAGAUCACAAAACCACACCAAAGCAAACUGGUCGAGAUGUUUUUCCUGUUCUUACACUCGACGACUCUCCUCCACAAAAUAAGACCUCUCGUCCUAAUAAGCCUGAUCUCCACGUGGAACUUACUGAAACAACAUUGGAUAAAGUAUUUGUCAAAAAGCCUCCACAGGAAACUGAUUCUUCCCUGGAGGCCAUUUUGGACGGACUUCUUGACCUUUCUUCGCCUAAGACUGAGACUCCACCUGGAGAUGGAAAUGUAAGUUUUUCAUUUGAUGACCCAAAUGAAAAAGGGGAGGGAGCAGAAGCACAGAUUAAUGACUUAUAUGAUUUUAAUUUCUUGAAUUCUACUGCGGAUGUUUCAUCGUCUGAUGAUGAAAUUGCGAAAUUAUUUGAAGAUGAAAAUGUUGAAAUCAAGUGUAGAAACACCAAAUGUGGAAAGACAGCGAAACUUGUAGAGGCUAGAGCCAGUUAUAAGUCUUGCCAUCAGUGUUAUACAUACUACUGCAGUCGGGAAUGCAGAAAAAAACAUUGGCCAAGACACAAGAAAAAAUGUCUCCAGAGUAAACUUGGAAGUGCUUGCAAACAUAUUAUCACAUCCAUAAGAAAGAAUGCAGAGCAAUUUUCUCGGAUUGCCAGGACUGGAUUUCUAUCGAAAGGCAGGGGUUAUGUCCAAAUUAUUUUUGAUGAUAUCGAGUCAACAGAACAAAUUAUAAACAACAAUGCACACGGUGCUUCGUUGGCUAUUGCCACAUAUGUCUCCCUGCGAGAUCUCGAAGAGAGUUCGAUGGUGACCAGCGAGACCACACAUGCCAAGCACAUUGAGACUCUCACGCAACAAUGUAAAGCAUACAAUCCUGAAUUCAAGUUUGUUAUUAAUGUCGGCAUUCAACCAUGCGUUUCAGACGCAGGUUCAACGCACACUUCAUCACUGUCCAAUGACUCUAUGUCUUUGUCUUCUGGAGGUUUGGGAAUGGUCCAGAAGUCAGCAAAAGUCAACUUAAGCUCAGCUCAAAUAAGACCUCGACCUAAGCCAGACAGAGAAACCCUCAUUCUUACAGCUGUACCCGGUGCUGAGAUAACCGAAAACAUGGACUUGAGAAAAGCGCGGGAGAUUUGUUUCAUCCAUAUCCAACGGAAGUUACGUCAGAGGGGAGUAAGUUUACGACAUCAAUACCCGGAUAUUUACAGCAGAUUGUGUGCCUACGUUGACACAAAUGAACCGUUUACACCUAUAGAUCUGUAUCCAGUUGACAAACGAACUGGCAAACGGUUUGUGUGUCUCAUUAUGCCAAACUCUGACCCAGAAUUAGACUGGUUAAUCGAUAGCGAUUUACUUGAUGAACUUGGAUUAUCAAAUAUGGGCCUGCAAUGAUUUGGUAGAUCUGUAGAUCAUUCAUGACCCUUUUGAUACCCAUACAACUUUUAUACACCAAUAUAGCCAUUUCAUGUUGAAUAUUUCACGGGCGGUGUCAUGUAAUAAUUUAACAUGCAUGUGAUAAUUAACUGUUAAAAUAACGAAUGGUAGUUUUUAGAAUUGUAAAUAUGUUACACAUUGACAUGAUCUUAUGCCCUGAAAGUUGGACUUGCUAAUUUAUGUGGUGGCUUUGAUGAAAUGAAAUUGAAUGUGAGUGUGUAUAUUAUAUAUGGCUUGUAGACAGUUAGUAUUUUAUCAUAUUUGAUUUAUAAUGCUUAUUUAUUGUCCUGGUGUGGAUCCUAGCAAUUGCGUACAGAGUAUGUAAGAGAAGCAGAGUGUAGGAUUAUACAUUCUGUUACUAAACUUCUUUAAUGAGUUGAAUUAUUAUUUUAUUGUAUAAAUUAAAAUAUUAUUUAUCAACGAGUCUAUGUCGUAUAUUUUGUGUGUUUUAUGUGGUUACAUAUACACAAGAUUAUAACAGAAAUAAACAAUAGGGUACCCAAUAUAGACCUUUGUUAACGCCAUAUUCACACACCGCUAGGCAAGGCGUAUCCAAUUCCAAUCCAAUCAGAACACGCUAUUUCACCUUCUGUUAUGUAACCAAUAACGAACUCAUGGUCACUAGUUAAACGGUUGUUAUGGUGAUGAUUGGGCUUGAUAUUUCGAUGCUGGGGCUUUGCCAUAUGGUUUCCGAUCAGUGCUUGCUCCGCAUCUCGUGUAAAUUUUGGAAAACAAAAUCUUCAAGGAAUUGUCAUUCCACAUUGCACUGAGUCCAGAGCUUAAAUCCUUAAACAAAAAUGAAUUCCCAUACAAGGUCUAUAAAUGGGUUAGAACUAUUUUGAAAUUUUUUUCAUCGUCUCAGAUUCAAUCGUACAUCAUGUUAGCACUUGGGGAUUUAAGCAACUUACUCAAUGCUUUAUUUGCCUGUAUCACAAGUUAAUUGUUGUUUGGUAAGCAUACACGUCAUGAGCAUUGAGUAUAUUUCACACAAAUUUUCAAUACAAGGAAAGAUUCCAGACAAAUAUGAUACCUUUAAACCACCGUAUUCAGAUUUGAAAGACUGCAAAUCGUCGCAUGAGAAUAACUUUGUACUAUCUCACAUUUUUACGGAACUGAGAAAUCAAGGUUUGAAAGUUUAGAGGUCUGUAUCUUACUUAGUAUUGCUAUGUGAAACUUGAUUUUUUGUAUGUCACCUGGUCUCACCCUAGAGAUAUCUUAUAUGAAAUAUCAUACCUUGAAACAAUUUACAAAAUCCUUUUUUAAAACUAUGGAAAUGGAGUUGAUACAAUUUCCCACCGGAAUAACAGCUUAUUUCUAAUUUCAAAUUGUCAUAUCUGAUAUCAACUGUUUCAACCAAUCAACUCUCUAAGAAUUGGUCAUGUGACUUGCAAAACUUGGAGUUAUAACAAUCUUAUAUUAAAACAAAGUAUGCCAAUAUGCAUGUUAUUGUAUCUAGAAUGAAAAAUAAUGUUUUGCUUUGUAAAAAAGUCUUCAAAAACCAAAGAAUAUUAUUUAAUAAAAUAAAGAAAAUUCAAUUUAUAAAACUUUAAAAUCAAUUUCUCAAAUAAGUACAAUUAUUUCUUAAUUUUGGAAUCUCAGGACACCCUUCAAAAAGAAUUUAUUGCUUUUGAAACUAAGGCAGAAGUACAAUGCAUUGAAACCAAUGAUGCCAAUACGGUCCCCCACAUAUUUCCCUCGGUAUAAACCCUGUAGCCUAAACCUCCCAGCACAUUACAAUGUAGCCCCUAAGGGCCGGUCCGCUGGUCAUUAUCAGGUUAUUUUUGAUACAGACCAGUUGAUUUUUUCACUGGGUAUAGGAGAAUAACAUUGCAACUGGUCCGUAAUUCCAAUUUGACCAGCAGGUUUCAGAUCCUUAGGGCCUAAGACAUAACCAAUUUUUAUUACAUGC